UUCGACGGAACUCCUGCGGCCCUUGAUGGAACAUUGGAAGCAGGAGAUGAACUCCUGAGUGUCAAUGGAAAGACGGUGAAAGGAGCCACUAAGGUGGAAGUUGCCAAGAUGAUCCAGUCAAUUAAGGAGGAGGUGACGGUCGGUUACAAUAAACUGCACGCAGAUCCAAAGCAGGGAAAAAGCCUGGACAUUGUCCUCAAAAAGUUGAAACACAAAAUGGUCGAUGGGAUGAGCUCUACGACGGCCGAUGCUCUGGGACUUUCUAGAGCUAUUUUGUGCAAUGACAGUCUGAUAAAAAAGCUUCAAGAGCUAGACCGCAACGAGUACAUCCUCAAAGGACUGGUCAGCCAUAUCAACUUUACCAUCAAGGCGUACGUUGAGAUGACGCAGACGUAUAAAGAUUUCAGCGACGUCUUUGCAGAGAUUGGCGCCCACGAACCGCAAACUGAAGCGAGCAAGGCGUUCACGCAGUUCAGCGAAACGCAUCGUCACUUUGAAAAGGAAGGUCAAACGCUGACCGCAGAAUUGAAACCGAUUCUCGGUGAUUUAAACACCUACCUAAACAAGGCAAUACCUGACACACGACUGACUAUUAAAAAGUACGCCGAUCAGAAAUUUGAGUAUUUGUCCUACUGCCUAAAAGUGAAAGAGAUGGACGACGAGGAGUACACCUACACGGCCCUCUCUGAGCCGCUGUACCGCGUGGAAACGGGCAACUACGAGUACCGACUGGUGCUUCGAUGUCGCCAGGAGGCUCGGAAACGCUUUGCCGCCCUCCGAUCUGACGUCCUUGUAAAGAUGGAACUCCUCGAUCAGAAGCACGUCCAAAACGUGGCCACGCAGGUGAUUCGAGUCAUUGCGGCGUUGGGCAAGUUCAACACCACCUGUGCGGGCCACCUCGACAGCGGCAGCCUCGCCUUUCCCAUUGAGCUGGACCUCUCCAAGACGAGCUGUUUUGGAGUUUAUCGAGAUGAUGUUGAGGGUGAAGAUGAUGAUGAUGAUGAAGUUGAUCCAGAGCUGGCUGAUGAAGCCACCUCACUGCUGACCGCCAAGGAACGAGCUGAGGCAAAUGGACUGCUGGAAAGAAGUGCCGGUGGCAGUUAUUUUACCGCUGAUGAUCAACAGGUGGUUGAGGGAAAAAUUACUACUACUGCUGCCAAUAAGGAACAGAAUGGAAAAGGUCCUGUCAGUCUGAUUGACAUUUUUGGCGAGUUGGAGCUGAAGAGUGAAAAAGAGGAAAAUGAUGAUGAUGAUGAGG